AUGGCCAGCAUGAAUUCGUUGACUGGAGCCGAAGCUGCUAUCGGAAGUGGUGGCGCUGGAGGCAUGUCCGAGCGCGGCGGCCGAACAGCUCCCGUGUUAGCGCCACUUCUGGGAGGGGUUUUCAAAAAUAGAAAAUCCCGAGCCGUCGAAGAGACUACUGGAGAACGAGGCUUCCAACGCAUCAGCGGUCGCAAACUGCCUAGUGCUUUCUCAGCCGGCAUGACUUCUGCUCCUCGACCCAUGCUCAUGCCGUCUGCUUUUGACAGCGAUCGUAACAUGAGCACUACUUCGGUGUAUCGCGAUAGCACUUACUAUGGCGCAGGCGGCUCGCCUUUCGAAGAUCCCGACAAUGAAAUCGGCACCAACGAAACCAUUAUGCCUGGACCAGCCCGGCAAGCAAGAGUUCAUCCUCCUUAUGCCAUGAGUCCGACCAGUGCAUUGUCCGAAAAUACCUCGCCUACCAGUCCAACCUUUCCCAUCCAGGGAUACAGGCUGACACCUGAAGCUGGACAAAAUGCUCCUCUCAUGAACUCGCAUGGUAUGGCCCGCAGAAGCGUCACUCCUGCCACGAUGUCAAGCUUCGACGGAAGCAGAGGGAGCAGGUUCACUGAAGAGGUCUGA